AGGAAUAGAAGUGAUAAUAAAGUUUUAAAAAGAAGAGAUUUGAGAGAAGCAGAUAUCAGUGAGACUUGAAGAGUUGAGGACGUUUUGCUACAUCUCCUUACCCUCAACCCUGGCGUGCCCUGCUCCUUUAGUUACCUUGUCUUCAGAAUUAGACAGUGGGUUGAAGUUGGUCAUAAACGAGUCCAGUGGUAUUUCAGUUACACAAUUAUUAUCUGCCAUCCGUGAACGUCCAUUCCCCAUAUUUCAACUCUUGACUUCUGCCUCAAACUCAUUCAUCUAACAAAUGUUUGGUUUAUCUACCCGUCUGCUGAACAUUCCUCCAAAGUCAGCCCUAAACUCUUCCACGUUGACUUUUUCUCACACUCUAACAAUACAAUUUUCCCCUCGCUUUUUUGUGCAACCCAGCUGCCCGUAACCGCUUCAUUCAUCGCGCAAUUGAAUAUUGGCACCCACUUGCAGGACUGUUUUUCCUCCUCUACAAUGCUCCUUAGGGUCUAGAGUGGCGUUUUACAAAUCUCCUAGCUCAGUGUAUUGCACGAAGUAGAUGCUCAGUAAAUGUUUAUUGACUGAGUGCGCCGUGCAUCUCAGUGACAUCACAUCCUGUGUGCAGUUGCGUCAUUCUGCACUCCGUUGCUGGAGGCUCCGAGUCUGAGGCUUUGUCAUUGUCUGUACCGUGCACCGAACGUCUUCAAUGCGGGCUAAAGCUUCACGCGGCGUACACGAAAUGCGGUCAGCAGGAGCGCUGGACCUCCGGCUGUGAGUACCGAGUCUCCAGGUUCUGGCGGAAACACGCUACCUGGGCGGCGCCGGCACCCAGUGACUAUCUGGGAAGACAAGGUGCGAGGGAGGGAGCGGGCAGCUCACUUAUCGCGGUGUUUUCUCCCUCUUCACUCCCGGGGGAGCUCUCGCGAGAGAAGCAAGGGGAAGAUGGCCGUGCCCUGUUUUUCGGUGUGAGGCAGAGGCGGCGACUGCAGCGGCGGUGGCAGCGGCAGCGGCUGUGUUUGCUGGGACUGGGAUCCUGCUGUCGUGGGCACUUGAGCUCUAGCUCCCCCCAGCGAGCGCGCGUCCCUCCGUGCCUAGGCGAGAGUCAGCUCUUCUUCCUCCGGGAGAUGCGUUUGUCCCGGGCUCGGGGGCGCUCUGGGAGUUCAUGCUGCGCUGGUGGCUCCCGGCCACCGCUCUAAUCGCCUUGUGCCGCCGCAGCGCCAGCUCCGUCGCCGGCGGUGAGCCUCCCGGACCCCUCCUUUGCUCCUGGCGGCGGCGAUGACCGGGGAGAAGAUCCGAUCACUACGGAGGGACCACAAGCCCAGCAAAGAAGAGGGGGAUCUGCUAGAGCCCGGGGAUGAGGAAGCGGCGGCUGCCCUCGGCGGCACCUUUACUGGAGGCAGGAUUGGCACAAGUAGCAGCGGCAAGGGCGGCAAAGCCUGUCAUAAGAUCUUCAGUAACCAUCACCACCGGCUGCAGCUGAAGGCAGCUCCGGCCUCCACCAAUCUCCCUGGCGCGCUGGCCCUGCCGCUGCACAACUCCUCCGUGACUACCACCUCCCAGUCCCCGGCUCUUCUAGCCGGCACCAACCCCAUUGCUGUCGUCGCAGAUGGAGGCAGUUGCCCCGCACACUACCCGGUGCACGAGUGCGUCUUCAAGGGGGAUGUGAGGAGACUCUCCUCUCUCAUCCGCACGCACAAUAUCGGUCAGAAAGAUAAUCACGGAAACACUCCUUUACACCUUGCUGUGAUGUUAGGAAAUAAAGAAUGUGCUCAUUUACUUUUGGCUCACAAUGCUCCAGUAAAGGUGAAAAAUGCUCAGGGAUGGAGCCCUCUGGCGGAAGCCAUCAGCUAUGGAGAUAGACAGAUGAUUACAGCUCUUUUAAGGAAGCUUAAACAGCAAUCCAGGGAAAGUGUUGAAGAAAAACGACCUCGAUUAUUAAAAGCCCUGAAAGAGCUAGGUGACUUUUAUCUGGAACUUCACUGGGAUUUUCAAAGCUGGGUGCCUUUACUUUCCCGAAUUCUGCCUUCUGAUGCAUGUAAAAUAUACAAACAAGGUAUCAAUAUCAGGCUUGACACAACUCUCAUAGACUUUACUGACAUGAAGUGCCAACGAGGGGAUUUAAGCUUCAUUUUCAAUGGGGAUGCAGCACCCUCUGAAUCUUUUGUAGUAUUAGACAAUGAACAAAAAGUAUAUCAGCGAAUACACCAUGAGGAAUCAGAGAUGGAAACAGAAGAAGAGGUUGACAUUUUAAUGAGCAGCGAUAUUUACUCUGCAACUCUGUCUACCAAAUCAAUUUCUUUCACACGUGCCCAAACAGGAUGGCUUUUUCGGGAAGAUAAAACAGAAAGAGUAGGAAAUUUUUUGGCAGACUUUUAUCUGGUGAAUGGACUUGUUUUAGAAUCAAGAAAAAGAAGAGAACAUCUUAGUGAAGAGGAUAUUCUUCGAAAUAAGGCCAUCAUGGAGAGUUUGAGUAAAGGAGGAAAUAUAAUGGAACAGAAUUUUGAGCCUGUUCGAAGACAGUCUCUUACCCCUCCUCCUCAGAACACUAUUACAUGGGAAGAAUAUAUAUCUGCUGAAAACGGAAAAGCUCCUCAUCUGGGUAGAGAACUGGUAUGCAAAGAGAGUAAAAAAACGUUUAAAGCCACGAUAGCCAUGAGCCAGGAGUUUCCCUUAGGGAUUGAGUCAUUGUUGAAUGUUUUAGAAGUAAUAGCUCCCUUCAAGCACUUUAACAAGCUUAGAGAAUUUGUUCAAAUGAAGCUUCCUCCAGGCUUUCCUGUGAAAUUAGAUAUACCUGUAUUUCCUACGAUCACAGCCACUGUGACUUUUCAGGAGUUUCGAUAUGAUGAAUUUGAUGGCUCCAUCUUUACCAUACCUGAUGACUACAAGGAAGACCCAAGCCGUUUUCCUGAUCUUUGACGUGAAAAAUGAUGCCAUCUAACCAAGGAAAGAGAACACAGAGACCCCAGAAGUGCAUCUAAAUAGAAGGGACAGAUGCUUUUCAGCAAAGAAAAGGGAAUCUACACUUUGAAUUGACACAUCAGUAAUACAUUAAUGGGCCUCUAAUAAGAAUUUCAGCAAGUUCUCUGAUGUGCCAUUUUCACUCUUUUUAAAAAUAUACAUAUUAUAAGUGUAAUAGUUUGACACCUUAAUGACCCUAAGACCUUCGUAUGUAAAGCAGCUAUGAGUGCUGUGAUUUGUUUUUAAAAAUUUUUACACUUCUUGUUGAAAUAUAUAUGCAUAUAAAUAUAUCUAUAUCUAUAUAUCUAAAACACUCCUGGACCAUUAACGUAAAUUAAAUGUCUUAAGAGAUAUGAUGCCCUUUUAAACUUGUCAUCUUAUAUUCAAGGUGACAUUUAUAAAUAUUCCUUCAAGCUUUGUUUUCAUAAAAUGUAAACUAUGUAACAUUAUGUAUAGUUCAGUAAUUUGAAUGUCUGUUCAAUAUAAUGAACUAGAAGGAAUGCAAUUUUCUGUAGAUGAAUGAACCAAAUGGUAACCAUUAAACAACUGCAUUUAUGUGUUGCAAUACAUUUCAGAAGGAGCGUUCACUCUGCAGGGAAUAAGGUACCUCCUUUAGCACCUUAGUGCAAUUCAUUGUGGUGCUAUUUGUUUUUACCUGAAUUCUUUCUUCAAUGGGAACUGUUUGUUACUAAUCUUCCUUUCCUAGAACCUCUGGUUUUUUUUUUUUUUUCCUAAACUUGAUUUCUAGAGUCAUUGUUUUGUUCUUCAUAAGGAAUGGUUAGCAUGCUUCAAGAUAUUCCUCUCUAAAUCUGAGCACUUUAAAAAGAAUUCCAAAUUUUUAAACUUGCUUCUUAGUAAGUGCACAUUAGUCUGAUUAUUUUGUUUUCAGUAGAAUAUGGACACAUGGAUGUCUGUUUUAAAAAAAUUCCACACAUACUUUGGACAAUUCUACCUAUUUGAUGCUUUCAAAAUAAGGUAAAAAUCAUUUUAUAUGCUAAUAAUAUAUUUGUUACAAGUUCAAGUCCAGCAGCCUAAACAAGAUGUUUGAUUCUUAUUGUUUAUUUAUUUAUUUAUUUUUGAGUCACAGGAAAAUACUGACAGAUUUUAAUUGUCUCCAAAAUGUUCAAAUCAUGUUUUGCUUAUUUUUGCACUUAAAAAAUUUCAUAUUCCAAGAUGGUUUGAAGGUCCAACAGUGAAAAUAAAUUAGGGAGAAUCAUGUGUAACAGUCAUAGUGUCAUGUUGUAUUAAAGAGCUUAGCUAAGUGUUUUUUAAAAAUGUAUCCUGAUGAGUGUGUCGAGAACACAUCUGUUAAGCUUUUUAGUGAUCAGUAGUUUAAGCUUGUUCCAGGAUUUUAGAUCAUUUGAAGUGAGUUUAGAAACGUCUAUUGAAGAGAUGACUUAUUUAAAAAUCCAAAGCAUCAAGCAUAAAAAAAUUUUAUAAUAAACAUCUUUAAAGCUGCAUCUUCCACAUAUAUUGACAUUUUAUUAAAUACAUUUUAUAAUGAAGAAAAAUAAUAAUAAUUAAAAACUCAAAGACCUUAUUACUACCUUAUGUGGGUCGAUUGAAUUUUGCAGAGAGUGUUAGUAAAACCAGACUAGACUUGCUCAAUAGAAGUUGAUCCCUUUUAUGUUGGGAAUGGACAUAGACCGUAUGAUCCUGUCAGCGGUUAUGAGAUUCAAGACACUGAAAGGCAGUCAUCAGGGUUGCUUUUAAGCUCCAUUCAUUUGUAAGAAUAUGGUGUACAUUCAGGAAUAUACUAUAGAAUCUUUUAUGAGUACAGACAACAGAGAGAAAAAAAUAUGGUAAUUGCAGCUUGGGAUUUAUCAGUUUCCUAAUAGCUGUAAAUAUUUUGCUGGGGUACACUGGAGGUAGGGUGACUACUGAAAACUUGCACUGGAUUUAUUUUUAUCUUCCUUUAAAGAAUAGUAGAAACAGAUUAUCCAUUCCAAAAUGUCUUUUCUCUGAUCACAAAGAACAAACAAAUGUCAGUAUCUCUUAUGAUGGUGGGGAAAAAAGGAGUUAAUUAAUGGAAAUAAACUUUUCACAAUA